GUCCCAAGUCUCAGUUUGGUAAAAGCCUCCCGGUGUGAGCGUCUUCAGUUCUGCCCCAACUCCGAGUGCUGUUGGAGCUCCAUCCCUUCGUCCCAGCCAGCCAUGGCCAGCUCGCUGCGUGUCCCGCUGCUCCUGCUGGCCCUCCUGGCCGUGGCCUCGGCCACCGCCCCCAAGCAAGGUCGGCGCCUGUUGGGAGGCCUGCAGGAGGCCGAUGUCCACGAAGAGGGCGUGCAGCGAGCUCUGGACUUCGCCAUCAGCGAGUACAACAAGGGCAGCAACGACGCAUACAACAGCCGCGCCAUACAGGUGGUGAGAGCCCGUAAGCAGAUCGUGGCUGGAAUAAACUACUAUUUGGUAGUGGAGGUAGGCCGAACCAUAUGUACCAAGUCCCAGCCAAACUUGGCUGACUGUCCUUUCCAUGACCAGCCCCAUCUGAUGAGGAAGGCGCUCUGCACCUUCCAGAUCUAUGCUGUGCCUUGGCAAGGCACACACUCCCUGACAAAAUCCAGCUGCAAAGAUGCCUAAGGGUUGAGUCCAGUGAUGCAGACUGCUCCUCCCCUGUACUCCUUCCCAUGUAGUGUGUACUUCCAUCCCAUGGAAGGGUGCUCCAGCUCUGGAAGACACACAUCUCCAGUGUGUCAGCACCAGGAGACAGUAGAGAAGCUGCUGCAGACAGGUUCUGCACAUCUGAACAGCUGUCCCCUGGUUCCACUCCUCUCCUUGAAGUACCUCUCAUGCCUUGCUCAAUACAAAUAAAUAAAUAAUGAUUUCCUUUGGCUU